GUAAAGCCAGCUCAUGUUGUUUCCCAGGUCGCCGGAAGAGGCAGGCGAUACAGAGUGGAAAUUAGGAAAACUGAGAAGACGGGAUGGGGGGUUUUCGCGGGAGAGGAUAUUCCUUCUGGGUCUUUCUUGGGCGUAUAUGCUGGGGAACUUUUACUCGAUGCGGAAGCCGAAGCUCGAGGCCAACGCCAAAAUGUGUAUGAGAAGCCAGAGGAGUUGGCAAGAGCAAAAAGACGUGUCGAGGAAAGGAGACUCAAAGCCAACAAGGGGAAUGCCAAAAAAGUCGAUGUCCCCUGCCGAUGUGGUUCAAGGAAGUGUAUUGGCUCUAUAUGGAAUUGGGAAAGUAGUGAUGACGAAGAUGAGUAA